UCCAGGUGCAGUGUCUGCGGAGUCCAUGUUGUUAGACCAGAUUGUUCUGACAAGGUGUCGGUGCUGAGAUCGUGGACUGGACUCCAAAAUGCAGACACUCUAGUGUGAGCAAAAGACAAGAAUUUAUUUAGACUUCGUGAAUCGGAGUGGAGGGAAUCCUUGGUGGACAAAGCGGGGAAGGCUGGGCAGCAAGCGAGACAGGACUGAAGGAGGGAAACAAGUGAAUCACACACUACAGAGUUGACAGCAAUCUGCUGAUGGUUCCACAUGUGGGCGGGCCUUCAAAGACAGUGGCGAUGAUUCCACAUCAGGGCGGGGGUUCAAUAAGGGAAUGAAAAACAGCAGAGGAGAGGAGGGACCCUGACACGAUUUAUAAAUUGCCAAAAAUGCUGUUUGCAAUUAAUUUGUUGACACAGCAGUGUGUGUGUGUGUGUGUGUGUGUGUGUGUGUGUGUGUGUGUGUUUUGGACGGUUACCUUCUGAGGCAUGUUUGUCUGCCUUCCCGUCCUUCCUCGUGGUGAAAGACACCCUUGUUCUUGUCCACAUCCGUCUGUGAGAUUCUCAAGUGGAAGCUGAGCUCAGCGCUCACUCUGCAGACAUGAAGUGUGUAAUCCUGCUGGCUCUUCUGACCGGGGUCUUGGCGGCCCCCUUCAUGAAAGAGGAGGAAGCAAAGCGUUUCAUCCGUCUGAAAAGACAAUCAGGAUACUGGGACCCCCACCAUUCUCAGAACCAGUGGGGUUACACCAUCCAGGAGCAGGCUAACGAGUACUGGACCGCCCUGAGAACAGACGCCCAGUUCUACAUGGACAUGGGCAACCUGAUGUUUGACCGCUCGGUGGCAGACGAGAACAACAGGCUGUACAUGGAGAUGCUGCGCAACGCUCGAGCUCACUUGGACAGCCAGACAGGAGGACGCAAAUGAGAUGAUAAUGAGCUAAGAACUGUGUUGUUGUGUAGUGGGAUGAAUAAGUGUGGAAUAAAUACAAUCGGCAGUCAUA